UGCGCCGGCCGCGCCGCGUCUGUCCCGCUGGCCCCGGCCGCGGCCUCCCCCGGUAGCGCGUCCCGGCCCCGCGCCCCGCAGCCCAGGCGCCAUGGAGCGGCCGGCGCCCCUGGCCGUGCUGCCCUUCUCGGACCCCGCGCACGCGCUGAGCCUGCUCCGCGGCCUGAGCCAGCUGCGCGCCGAGCGCAAGUUCCUGGACGUGACCCUGGAGGCGGCGGGCGGGCGCGACUUCCCGGCGCACCGCGCGGUGCUGGCGGCCGCCAGCCCCUACUUCCGCGCCAUGUUCGCCGGGCAGCUGCGCGAGAGCCGCGCCGAGCGGGUGCGCCUGCACGGGGUGCCGCCCGACAUGCUGCAGCUGCUGCUCGACUUCAGCUACACGGGCCGCGUGGCCGUGAGCGGCGACAACGCCGAGCCGCUGCUGCGCGCCGCCGACCUGCUGCAGUUCCCGGCCGUGAAGGAGGCGUGCGGCGCCUUCCUGCAGCAGCAGCUCGACCUGGCCAACUGCCUGGACAUGCAGGACUUCGCCGAGGCCUUCAGCUGCGCGGGGCUGGCGCACGCGGCGCAGCGCUUCAUCCUGCGCCACGUGGGCGAGCUGGGCGCCGAGCAGCUGGAGCGGCUGCCGCUGGCGCGCCUGCUGCGCUACCUGCGCGACGACGGGCUGUGCGUGCCCAAGGAGGAGGCCGCCUACCAGCUGGCGCUGCGCUGGGUGCGCGCCGACCCGCCGCGCCGCGCCGCGCACUGGCCGCAGCUGCUGGAGGCCGUGCGCCUGCCCUUCGUGCGCCGCUUCUACCUGCUGGCGCACGUCGAGGCCGAGCCGCUGGUGGCCCGCUGCCCGCCCUGCCUGCGCCUGCUGCGCGAGGCGCGCGACUUCCAGGCGGCGCGCUACGACCGCCACGACCGCGGGCCCUGCCCCCGCAUGCGCCCGCGCCCCUCCACCGGCCUCGCCGAGAUCCUCGUGCUCGUGGGCGGCUGCGACCAGGACUGCGACGAGCUGGUCACCGUCGACUGCUACAACCCGCAGACGGGCCAGUGGCGCUACCUGGCCGAGUUCCCGGACCACCUGGGCGGGGGCUACAGCAUCGUGGCGCUUGGCAACGACAUCUACGUGACGGGUGGGUCCGACGGCGCCAGGCUGUACGACUGCGUGUGGCGGUACAACUCGAGCGUGAACGAGUGGACGGAGGUGGCGCCCAUGCUCAAGGCCCGCGAGUACCACAGCUCCUCCGUGCUGGACGGGCUGCUGUACGUGGUGGCGGCCGACAGCACGGAGCGCUACGACCACACCACCGACGCCUGGGAGGCCCUGCAGCCCAUGACCUACCCCCUGGACAACUGCUCCACCACGGCCUGCCGCGGCCGGCUCUACGCCAUCGGCUCGCUGGCCGGCAAGGAGACCAUGGUGAUGCAGUGCUACGACCCGGACACGGACCUGUGGUCGCUGGUGGACUGUGGCCAGCUCCCGCCCUGGUCCUUUGCCCCCAAGACGGUGACUCUGAACGGACUCAUGUACUUCAUCAGGGACGACUCCGCCGAGGUGGAUGUGUAUAACCCCGGGAAGAACGAAUGGGACAAGAUCCCAUCUAUGAAUCAGGUACACGUGGGAGGCAGCCUGGCCGUCCUUGGAGGGAAGCUGUACGUCUCGGGGGGGUAUGACAACACGUUUGAACUCUCGGAUGUGGUGGAAGCCUAUGACCCCGAGACUCGGGCCUGGAGCGUGGUGGGCCGGCUCCCCGAACCCACCUUCUGGCACGGCAGCGUCAGCAUCUUCCGCCAGUUCAUGCCCCAGACGCCCUUGGGCGGACGUGGCUUUGAGCUAGACAGUAGCAGCAGCGACAUGGACGUGGGCCAGCCCCGGCCGCCCCCGGAGCACCCCCGCGAGCUGCACUAGCCCCGGCCUGGCCCAGGGAGGGCCUCGAUGCAGGUAACCCAGCACCUCGGGGGCGGCCACCCCCUCCUGCGUGCCUGAGGACAGGUUGGGCUCACCAGGUGGAACCGGCUCUUGGGCUGCCGAGCAAGCCUCAGGGUCCGACGCCUGGACCCUCUGCAUCUAGACCCUGAGUCACAGCUGCGGGGUCAACGCCAGUUGUGAACGGCCCUCCCUUGGCCCAGGAAGAGGAGCCUCCUCACCGACACGUGUCUGGCUCCAACAGGCCACCACCCCUGCACCCCCGCCUCCCCACUGUCACCCCCUUGCACCCACCUCCGGGGGAGGAGAGCCACUCUGGGGCAUGAGUGGAGGGGGUCAGGACGCAUUGGGGAUCAGGCAGGCGAUGGCUGCAUCCCAGCGCGCUGUCUCCACGGAUGAAGGGGGUUGCGCACAAAAACACCCCCACAGGGACGGGCCUCCAGCAGCUGAGCUCAGACCCCGGGGCGCAGGGCAGGGGACUGGUGUGGCCUUGGAGGAGCCCAGGGGCCUGCUGAGUGUGUGUCCAUGCACCUGGGCUGAGCCUGAUGUUGGUGUCCCUGCCCACCCACCCCACCAGCUGGCAUGUCCGCCCUCCCUCCGCCCUGGCUCAGAGGCCUCUCCACGUUCGGCCCAGUGCAGUGGGUGAAAGCCUGCAGGUGCAAGGUCGGGCUCCUUCCGGGGGGUGCUGGGAGCUGGCCUUUGACGCCCAGCCAGGCGGGCUGUCCUCGCCUGUGGUCAGAAGUCCUGCCCCGGGAGCAGCCCCGGGCAGCAUGGCUUCUUGGUUGCAAGGUUUGAAAGGCAGCUUGGGCUUAAGAGGGAACCAGGGCUGGUGAUCGGUGAUCUGUUGCAGGCCUCUGCAGCGGGGGGUUGGGGGAGUUCCAGGAGGUGGGAGCCCAGGGCUCAGGGCACGCUUCUCGGGGAGUGUGAGCGUUUCCGGGGAUUGGGUGGGCCUGCCCCUCAGGCCCCGGCGUAGCUUUGCUGGAGGUGGUCUCCCGUCCAGUGAGGACGGUGUUUGCAUUUCCUCGUGCGACGGAGUGAAAUGUUUGCUGAGCGGCCACGUCUGUACGUUCUCCCCAGAAGAAAGGGUUCGAGGCACUUCACAGACGCCACUGAAGACCUUGUGUUGGCCCGUGGCCCCGGUUUGGGGAGGAAGCCUGUGGCCUCCAGGGCUGCUGGCUGGGCCCUGCUGUGUGGUCAUCGUGGUGGGUUAGGCCUCGUGUUCCAGACACCUGCUGGGUGGCCACAGCUCACAGCCAGCCCUCCCCAUCCCCCUGGGGUCCUUCCCACUGAGGUCAGGCACCGCGGGAGGCCAUGUAGGGGUCGGGAUCAGAACGAGCCUUCAGACGUGUGCUCCCUGCCUUGGGGCCUUCCUGGCACGGGGUUCAGGCUGGGAAGCCCCCACCACUUGCAGAUGAAUGUACUGACUUGGGGACAGAGGGCUGGACCAACUCGGGGUGGGACUGCGUGUUGGGGGCACACCCUUUAUCAGUCUCCAAGACAAAUUAAGUUAUGAGAGCUCGGGAUGGUAUUUAAUGCUGACCCAGUGUAUUCUGUAUUUAUGAUUAGCCACCCUCCCCCGUCGGCACCCAGGCCAGCCCCAGAGGGCGGUGGGUGUGCGUAUUUAUUGUCUGUUCUGGAGGCAAAUGUCACUGCCAGAAUGCUGUACGGUUUUAGGGCGCCUUCGAUACUUUUUGAAAUAAAAAUGUUUCCUAUA